AUGAAGAAGAAGAAGAAGAAAUUGAAGAACAAGAAGAAAGGUGAAGAAGAAGACGAAGAAGAAGUAUUACUAGAAGAGAGAAGAAGAAGAGGAAGAAGAAGAAGAAGAAGAAGAAGAAGAAGAAGAAGAUGAUGAUGAUGAUGAUGAUGAUGAUGAUGAUGAUGAUGAUGAUGAUGAUGAUGAUGAUGAUGAUGAUGAUGAUGAUGAUGAUGAUGAUGAUGAUGAUGAUGAUGAUGAUGAUGAUGAUGAUGAUGAUGCUGAAUAA